AUGGGUGGCCAAGCUGAUAAUACCAUUGACGAUGACACCGGUUCCACUGUCAGUUUCGAGGAAGUUGACUACAGGCGCACUUCGAAACAAAGCCAGGCUCUCGUAACCAAGAGAAGCCUGGAGAAGGAGACACCGUCAGACAUCCUGUAUGUUCUGCAAUACUUGGGUAUUGGCGGUAAGGUCAUCGACAGCCGAGAGAGCAGCAAUCCAUUCAAAGAGAUUCCCGACUACGGCAAGAAGGACGGUGAGAUCACUCAGCGGACCGUCAAAUCUGUGCUCGAAAUCGUGACAAAGGUCAACACCGGCUCCAAGAUCGGACGUGUGCGUCGUCGAUCUCCACACAUCACUUAUCCCGACCAUGAUGACUAUGACACAGUUUCGUCAGACAGCGAGAGCGAAGGGCGCACGAAGCCCAUGAAGAUUGAACGCACGCAGAUGAUCAUACACUCGCCGCACCUCAUCAACGCAUUAAAGGCGGUCGUAGCUUACUAUCCCAAUGUCAAUCUACUGGGAGACAGGGUGACCAUCGAUGCUCCUUAUCGCGUUAUCGUACAUCAUGUCGACGCCCUCAGACAGUACAGAUUUCACCAACCUGCCGGCCACUCCACCGAGUACGCGCGUAUCACGGCGAACCACGUGGAUGUUCUUCUCAGCUUCAUCGAUCAGGCGGUUGGUGAAUCUGUCCGCAGUGAACAAGAACGUCAUCACCGCAACAUCCCAGUUGCAACCUUUCAGAACUUCUGGAUGGCGCUCAAGCCCGGCGAGGUCAUCUAUGUCAACCACGACGACCUCUGGGAGCCCUACGUCAUCAGCAGCACUUUUCAGGAUGUCAAUUUGAGUGGGCGCAACCGUCACUUGCAGGUGGUUGGCUGGGUUCUCGAGAUGGGCCACAAUCGGAUGAACCGAAAGAUGUCCAAGUUCACCAUCCCUUCGUGGACCGGCGAGCAAACCAUAUCUUCUCUGAAGGUCAUACCAGCUCGCUUCUUCCAGGACGACCCAACGGCGAUGCUCCAGAAGCAACUCAGGCUUGGAAAGCUGUACUGGGAGCUUCUUCAACGUCCAACUUAUAUGGAGUACGAUGGCAUGCUUGUGCAGGCCCAACCGGGAUCUCACUCGGGUCCAAUAUUCUGUCGUGGCCCAUCUGGAUAUAUGACUGGUCGAGUUAUUUGCGAUGCCGAGGGUUUCGGUCGUUUCAACUUCCGCGCACCCGAAAACCGGAACGGCCCACCGGGCCCGCCACGUGGACCGGCACCACCCGGUAUGAUGCCGGUCCAGCAUCAUGGAUCACCGCCUGCCGAAGACCAUCUUCCGCAUUUCCUUCCACGUUGCGGCUGCAAAGAAUGUACCACUGAAACCGACCGCACCGACUUGUCACCCUUCGCGGGCUUCGACAACAUCAACCCUCGGACGUCACCGGCCCCUACCUCCGAGAUCUUCUACAUUGCCUGCACUAACAUCAUUCCGGCCUUCCUUCUCGGCGACCGCCGUUGGGGCCACUUGAACGUCGAUCACUUGAAGCCUGUCAUCACGGACCGCGAAGCAUUCAAGUACCUCGUCCUGGACGAUGAGAUCAAGAUGACGGUCAAGGCUCUCAUCGGCAAGUUUGCGGCAACCGAAUCCGGCAAGGUCUCCCCGUGGGCCAACGACUUCAUCAAGAACAAGGGCGAAGGCCGCAUCUUCCUCCUUCACGGUGCUCCCGGUGUCGGCAAGACCUGCACCGCCGAGUGUGUCGCAGAACUAACCAACCGCCCCCUCAUCUCCCUCACCUCGGGAGACCUCAGCGUCAACUCGCACAGCGUAGAGCACAACCUCUCCUACUUCCUCGAGCUCGGCCAACGCUUCGGCGCCCUCGUCCUGCUCGACGAGGCAGAUGUUUAUCUCGAGCGCCGCCGUGCCAAGGAUAUUGCCCGCAACGGUCUCGUCUCCGUCUUCCUCCGCGCGUUAGAGUACUACCGCGGCGUGCUCUUCUUAACCACCAACCGCGUCCAGGCCUUUGACGCGGCUUUUACAUCGCGCAUCCAUGUCGCGUUGCACUACAAGAAUCUGACGGACGAUGAUCGUGAGCGCAUCUGGGCCAACAACUUUGAGCGCCUCGACAGGGACUCUAGCGGCCGCGUACGUGUCGCCGUCGCCACCCGCGAAUAUGUCUACGACUCACGCGACGUCCGCGCCUUGCGCUGGAACGGGCGCGAGAUCCGCAACGCGCUGCAGACGGCGCUCGCGCUCGCCGAGAGCGAUGCCGCGGAGGAGGGCACCGACCGCAUCUGCGUCACGGAUAAGCACCUGCGGGCCGUUGUCAAGAUGAGCCGCGGGUUCAGGGACUACCUCCGCAGUGGUGACGUCUAUGACGGGGAGAGCGAGGUCUGCGAGAGCGAGGGUGAAGAUGGUGGCAUUUAUUCUGAAUGA